AGCCAUAUCAAUGGACUUUACCGGAAGAGUGAACUUGUGCCGUCUGUCAUGCAAAAGACACACACUUUCCACGCGAUUCAUGAGGAUGUUUGACCUGUAAGCAUACACAAUCGGUGAAGAAGCAGACCACAAAAAGAUCAUCUAUCAGCCACUAAACGCAAUCGAAUAAUGUCGUGGCAGCCAAGAUGAAUGAGCUGGCAAAUCACAUACAAUUCUACAACUUCUUCUUCGCAAGUAGGUAUAUGGCAAUGCUGUAAUAAAAAAGCACAACGUCCACUCAUCCCCAGGUUUUCCCAUGAAAUGGUUGCGCCACAGCCAGCCUUUUCAAUUUUCGAGUCUCACACUGUCAGAUCGAAGGUGAUAUCAUCUAAAGGAAUAUCCUGUUGAUCUCGUUCUCAGCUCUAAGGACAAAAUAACAACUAGCACAUAACUCAAUUGAGAGUCCCCACUCUGGAAGAAAGGGCUGUGUUGAGGUUCGUUGUUGCUUCAAAAAUCUACGCUCUGUUGGUUGUGCGAAUGAGAAGCGAGAAAUACCGACGACCCCUUCAUUAUGAUGUCGUUUAUCCGAUGCUUUUUUGGCCUCGACAAAACCUCAAAGGUUUCGAGGCCAAGAGAAUUCAAAAAAACGAAUCGCCCUCAAAAACAAGCUCCAUUCAAUGAUCUACCCAAGGAUCAACUUCCCUUUUACCCUAUACACGGUGAAGUUCCAACAGACUUCAGAGUACAAUCCUGUUUGUCUUUGGUGCAAGAAGAAAAUGAAGCAAUUGAUGAUGGUAACAAUGACGUAGCGCAUGCUUGUGCGGGUCGAGACUUGGAUCUGAAAGAGAGGGAACACAAACAAGACUCUUCACCAACUCAAUCACGAACAAUUGUACAACCUCGAAAACAUCCUCUUCAAUUUCAAAAUAAUAUCAACUUUAGUAAUAAUCGAAUCCAUCGAAUACCAUCAAAUUAUUCAAUUAGUAUCUAUUCUUCCGACGAAAUCUACCCAAUCGAGAAUAUGGAGAGCUUACCAAGGAGAGCUAAAACCCCUGUUUUCUUCAUUGGCCAAUUAGAAAGAAAAGCCAUGGAACACGACCCUUCAGAACGUCUUGCCAGCGAAUAUCAGACAGUAUUACCGCAACGAUGUAUAUCUUCUUAUUUGGAUCUCGACUUACCUGUAAAUCCCGCCAAGAGAACUUUAAGGAAAAUCAAAUCUCAAGAGAGUCUUCGGGACCUUUGCAAAAGCUAUGCUACAUCACCAUCUAUAGCCUCUGAUUCCGAAACUCUUGUUGGAUCUGAUGGAGGAUUUUCACCGCGCGGCUCAAUAUACAAGGAGGACGAAAAAGAUGAUCCAUUCAAAUCCGAGGAUGUGGCAUCUCCAGCAUACGAACCGUCAAAGACCUCACAACUGGAUCAAGAUAUUAGUCUCCAGAUUUGCUCAGAUCUUCUCACAAGCAAGUUAACAGCCACGCUUCACCAAAAUCAUACGACAGAACAAGGAAAUAGAGUCUCAAGCUUAGAGAUCUUGCUUAUGAUUGAGGCGUACGAAUCGAUCAGGAAAGAGUUACGAUCGGAUCCGCGUGAUUUGCACGUGACAUUCGCUGCUGAAACAGCACUUGAUCAGUGGAUAAAGGCUUUGUAUACCAUAUAUGAGGACUGCCAUGGAAUCGAUUAUAGAAGACCGGUCUCGAACCAGACAAGAUGGAAUUCACGAAAAUCAUCAAAGCCCGUCUCGGCUUUUGCUGAACAUCAAAAUAAGCGUGCAAGUCUGAAAGGACUUGGCUAUUCCAAUCCCUGGCCAAUUGAGAUUCGAACUUGAUGAAAGAAUUCUGUUGCAUUAUGACUUCAGUCCUUGAUGCAUGCACAGUUUAAAUGAAGGUUUAUUGAGGAAUCACCACGUACACUCAUUUUGAACGAUGAAUAAUCGAGAGAGAAUCGCGACCGAGCCGCGAUGGCUCGCAAACAGUAUGAAAGCAAUGAGAAUGACCGUCUUGGUCAUGCUUCUGAUACAAGAAUUCUCAUAGGGAGAACACUUGUCAGAAACGGAGCUUCGAUGAAGGAAAUCGGGACACGCUCGCUGAAAUUGGUGGAUUAACUUUUUCACGUGAUGAUAUGACCAGAAUCCGCUCGGGAUGUUGGAUUGAGAAGGACGACGGAAGCUGAAGAGGAGAUUGAAUAUUGAGGAAGCAAUGAUAUGAGGUAGGAGCUGAAAUAGAUAUUUUAUGGUGAGGAGAGAUCGAGAGAACAAAUCGCCUUGCAUUCUCAUGCAAUUUCUACGCAAGGAAUAUAUGAAUGGAGUUGAAUGAAACACUUUAAUGGUUAAUGGGUA